CACAAGGAGGAGCUCUUCCUCCUCCUCCAAGAUGGCGCAGACUGUGAACAUUACGGAUCUGUCUCUGCAGCAGCUCGAGGGAUUGAAAAGUCAGCUGGAUCAGGAAGUGGAGUUCCUGUCCUCCUCCAUCGCUCAGCUGAAAGUCGUGCAAACCAAGUAUGUAGAGGCGAAGGAGUGUCUGAGCGUGUUACAUAAGAGCAAUGAAGGGAAACUAAUUCUUGUCCCUCUGACGAGUUCUAUGUAUGUGCCGGGUACACUCUGCGACGUAUCCAAUGUGCUCAUAGAUGUGGGCACUGGAUAUUAUGUAGAUAAGGCUGCGGGUGAUGCCAAAGAUUUCUUCAAGAGAAAGAUUGAUUUCCUUACGAAGCAAAUUGAGAAGAUUCAGCCGGCUCUGCAGGAAAAGCAUGCUAUGAAGCAAGCCGUGAUAGAAAUGAUGAGCAUAAAACUCCAGCAGUUGUCAGCGGCACAGGCUGGCACAUCCAAGGCCUAGUCCAGUCUACAGCGAGCGCCUGGCACAGAUCCUCUUCACAGCAGAUGCUGCCCCAUCUUCCUGCAGUGAGGGGUGAUGACUGGUAUCCCUGGCCGUGCCUGCCAAUGCAGUAAACCCCUUCACUACAACCAGCACCAGCCGAGCGUCGCCUCAGAGACUGUGUGUGACACUUCUACUGCUUUCUCAGCCAAGGGGUUAAUUUAUUCUUUUCUUUUUUUUUUGUAUAUGAUAUAAAGGCAUCCAGACUCAAGGAAA